AAUUUUCUGUUUUGUGUGUAUUAUUUAUUCCCGAUUUUCAUUGGAUCAUCAGCAGCAAAGUACUUAAAAUAUUGUUCGUAGUUCGUUUACAGACAUCAACCCAUAUUUCCAUACUUAAAGGGCAUUAAAAAUAUCUAAAGAAUGGGAGCAGUUCUGGGUUUAUGCUCCGCGGCACAGUGUGCCUUGUGUUGUACGGGAACAGCAGCUUCCAUGUGCUGUAGCGCCUGUCCAUCAUGCAAAAAUUCAACUUCUUCCCGUUUCAUGUAUGCUUUCAUGUUGCUUGUGGGCACUAUCUUGGGAGCAAUAGCUCUGUCGCCUGGCCUUCAAGGAACUUUAAAGAAACUGCCUUUCUGUAUUAAUUCCACUUCAUCUACCAGUUCAAAAGCCAUCGAUGUCUUUUCGGGAGGUUCCUUACAGUUGGAUUGUGAAUAUGCUCUGGGUUAUAUGGCAGUAUAUCGCAUAUGUUUCGGUUUGGCGUGCUUCUUUAUGCUUAUGGCUUUAAUAAUGCUGGGGGUGAAGACUUCAAGGGAUCCUCGUUCUCAUAUACAAAAUGAGUUUUGGGGACUUAAAUUCUUAAUCUGUCUGGGCGCAACAAUUGGAGCAAUUUUCAUUCCAGAUGGUUCAUUUGGACCGGCAAUGAUGUGGGUCGGUCUUAUAGGUGGUCUGGCAUUUAUUCUUGUUCAACUGAUAAUAAUUGUGGAUUUUGCUCAUUCAUUGGCAGAAAAUUGGAUUGAUAGUGCUGAAAACAAUCGUGGUUACUACUAUGCAUUGGUAUUCGUAACUCUAUUAAGUUAUGGUUUGUCGAUUACUGGAAUUUCACUACUUUAUGUAUAUUUCACGCAUAGCGAUGGAUGCGGCUUGAACAAGUUUUUCAUUUCAAUCAAUUUGAUUUUGUGCAUUAUGAUUAGCAUUUUAUCUGUAUUGCCAGCGGUGCAAGAGCGAUUGCCUCAGUCGGGUCUAUUGCAAAGCUCAUUGGUGACAAUGUACACAAUUUAUUUGACUUGGUCUGCUGUAGCCAAUAAUCCAGAAAAGAUAUGCAAUCCCGGCAUGUUUGGAAUUAUUGAAGGCAAUGCCAGUGUCACCAGCACAGUGGCCCCUCCUACACCACAUUCAAAGGUAACCUUUGAUACCACCAACAUUAUUGGCCUAAUUGUUUGGAUGCUUUGCAUUCUAUACAAUUGCAUUAGUUCAGCUGUUGAGGUCUCAAAAAUCAACAAUGAUGGCGAAAAAAGAGUUUUAACAGAAGUUUUAUCAGAUGCAGAGACAGGUGGUGGCAAUGGCAAAACCGAUGCAGAUAACGAAUCCGAAGGAGUGACAUAUUCAUGGUCCAUGUUCCAUAUAGUCUUUGUAUGCGCUUCACUGUAUGUGAUGAUGACUUUGACUAAUUGGUACAAGCCAAAUUCAGACAUUGAAUUAUUUAAUGCCAAUGCUGCCUCCAUGUGGAUAAAGAUAAUUUCCAGCUGGAUGGGUAUAUUCAUAUAUGGUUGGAGUUUAGUAGCACCCGCCAUACUAACCAAUCGAGAAUUCAAUUAGUAAGCUAGUUAAGUUUCGAGCAAAUAGAUGUGGUUUAAUUCCAAAUUAUAGCUCUAACGAGUAUUAUUAUAAUACGACAUUAACAUAAACAUAAACAAAUAUACCAUACACAAGGAUAUUAUUAUCAAUGGAUUAUAAUUAAAAAUACUUCAAGUCAAGCCACUUUGCUUACAUAUAUCGUAGUAUAUAAUAAUAAAAAUACAAUAUAUAAAUAUGUGUAUGGAAACACUUAAUUUUUUCUAAUAACUCUAAUAUAUGGUGGAAAUCAAAUUCUUGUAGUCCAAUACUGUACUAAAUAUACAGUACUAAAGAUAAAGCUAUGAUAGUUUGUGAAAUCCACAGAAAUUCUCAAUAAUAUUAAAAUUUAUUAGUAACUUUGUAUAUUUAUUUGUUUUCACUUUUGUUUUUAAAUUCUAAAUAUAUAAAAUUAUAUAUAAAAAUAUA